UCUUACUCUUGUUAUCUACAUAUAUUUCUUAGUAAUUUGUUAUUUUAUUUGGAACAUGUUGUAUGCUGCACCAUAAAUUGGCUCCUUGGGAUGAAUUAAGUAUUGUGAAUUGAUUUGAAAAUCACGCAAUUUGCAGGCUGAAGGAAACAGAAGAAGCCAGUGCAGAGGAUCUGAAAAGGCCGGUGCAUGACUGGCCCUGCUAUACAGACCUGAGGCACACACCCCUUGUGUUCAGAGCUAAGAGGUUUUGAUUCUUUCGAAGACAGCAGGGCGGAAGGUGUCAAUCUCUUCCAGGUGCUUUACAUGAUGCCCAAUUGUCCCAGCAGGUUCAAUUCGCAAGUAAUUCCAAUGCUCUGAAUAGACUCAGGUGGCUGAUUUCAAUUACAAAUAGUGUUUUGCAGCCAAACUAAAAACAAAAAAAAAGUUAGGGAGGAGAUUUUUGAAGUUCUAUUGUUUUCCAGUGCUGGAAUGUGGUGAGUAUCUGGGCGUGCUCGUCUGUCACAGCUGGGAGUGUGCUUGUAGUGAUCUUUACAGAUCAACACUCCACUGAGCCACUUCAAGCUGUAGCUCCAUGUGUGAAGCAUGAAGCUCGAUGUGGAUCCACUGCCCAGCCUUGUCCUUUUAGACAGGAGAAGGAGAAAAAAGUCCCUCCGAGCAGAGAUGUUCGAGACGAGGAAACUAUUCCCAGGCCAGCGCUGUCUGGACUUGGAGCUAGUAGACGUGGUGCCGGGAGUUUGGCUGAAGAGCUUCCAGUCUUUGAACACGGAGCGAGAUGAUGAGAACCCGGUCCAGGAGUGGGGGGAAGAGGUGGAGGAUGGGGCGAUCUAUGGGAUCACUCUGAGGAGGGAGCCGGUACAGCCCCCCGAGGACGGGGAGGCCCAGUCCGCCUUCUGCUUCGUCCAGUACAGGACCUACAAGGUGCGGCGGCUCAAGGCGGCCACUCUGGACAAACUGACCUCUCGGCUGCUGGAGCCCGGCGACGACCCCGACUUCGCCAAGAUCUUCCUGGCCACCUACCGCGCCUUCACCGACACCAGCACGCUCAUCGACCUGCUCCUGCACAGAGAUGACUCCAUCACUGAUGUGGACAGCAACGUCUGCCACGUUCGUCCGAACAAGAGCACUCUGAUCCCGCUCAUCCAGAUGUGGCUGGAGGAGUAUGCAGAGGAUUUCCGGGAUCCCCCUCACUACUCUUGCCUGAAGGUGCUGCGGGGACACCUGCGCAAGCGUCUGUGCUACCGCCGUCUAUCCCAGCGUGCCGAGACCCUGCUGAAGAAGUUUCAGGAUGCAGAGAAAAAUGGCAGACAGCAGGCCGCCCUUGGCUCUGGUAAAGGCGACUUGGAACAGGACUGCAUUAAGGUGGUACGGGACUUCCUGGACUUCCCUUCCACAGACAUUGCAGAGCAGCUCACCCUGCUGGACGCGGGGCUGUUCAUGAAGGUGCUGCCAUUCCAGUGCAUGGGCUGCAUCUGGUCCCAGCGCGACAAGAAGGAGAACAAGCACCUGGCGCCCACCAUCCGCGCCACCAUCGCCCAGUUCAAUAUGGUCACCAACUGCGUCAUCAGCACCCUGCUGUGCCAGCCUUCCUCCCAGCGGCCCUGCGACCGUGCCAGGGUCGUCGAGAAGUGGAUCGAGGUGGCGCAGGAGUGCAAACAGCUGAAGAACUUCUCCUCCCUGCGUGCAAUCCUCUCUGCUCUGCAGUCCAAUGCCGUCUAUAGGCUGAAGAAAACCUGGGCGUCCGUCUCUAGAGAGAGCAUGACAGCCUUUGAACAGCUGUGCCAGACCUUUCCCGAUGAGAACUGUGCCCUGGGCAGCCGAGAGAUCCUUAUGGAGGAUGGCAGCACUCCAAACGACGACGGCUCCUGCCCCAAAUCUCCCAAGCACUGCCCCGUUGCCCAACAGACGAGCACAGGCAAUGUCCCAUACCUGGGUACUUUCCUCACUGUGCUGACCAUGCUGGACACCGCCCUGCCUGACACAGUGGAGGGGGGUCUCAUCAACUUUGAGAAGAGGAGAAGGGAGUUUGAGGUUCUGUCUGAGAUCAGGCAGCUACAGGCCGCCUGCUCCCAGUACAGCCUGAGUCAUCAUCCCUGCGUCUCCACCUGGCUGCAGAGCCACAGGCCGCUGACCGACCAGGAGAGCUAUGACUUGUCACGUCAGCUGGAGCCCCCGGUGGACACCUGCCCAGGGUCCCCCGGCACCUGGAGCCACCGUCUCCUGGCCAAGAAGCUGACCUCGCUGCUCACCGUGACUGACGGAUCCAGUGGGAAAACUCUCCCUGACCAGAUCAGUGUGUCCUCGUCGGGAUCCAGUGGAUCGGAAAUGGAGGAUGUCUCCUCGCCCCACUCCCCUUUGAGGGGCAAAUACAAGCCCCUGUCCAGCUCUUGCCAGGAUGUGGCCGAGGAGGUCUUCUCCCCCACGGGCUCCUCCUGCUCCUCCAGCUCCUGCAACUCCCAGCCCGACCUGCCCUCCGCCCCCGCGCACCUGCAACACCGGCGCUCCAUCUCCAUGAACUCCCUGCCUGUCUACAACCGGCAGGUGGCCGACUGCUGCGUGAUCCGGGUCAGCGUGGAGUGAGGGAACGGGAACGUCUACAAGAGCAUCCUGCUGACCAGCCAGGAGAAGACGGCCCAGGUGGUACAGCGAGCCCUGGAGAAGCACAACCUGGAGAGUAGCAGUUGCAAGGACUUCUCGCUCAGCCAGGUCCUCUCCCAGGACAGAGAACUGGUCAUCCCUGACAAGGCCAAUGUCUUCUACGCCAUGUGCACCUCUGCCAACUAUGACUUCAUCCUGCGCCGGAAGUGGCAGGGCAACACGGCGCUGCUAGCAUCCCCCUCCAGCAUGGGUUCCCCGAGCCGGCCUGCCAGAUAACAGGUUUUCGGCACGGCGCCAUCUGCUGGAGAAGGGGAGCACCGACAACAGAAGUGGGAGGGAUCGCAGCAGAGGGAAUGUAAUAAACUAGAGAUCGAGGUGCUCCUGCCCUUUGCAUGUCGAAAGUAAUGACUGAUGACAGAAGAAGAUGAUUUAUGUUCAAUCUGACUGAUCAGUAGGGCCCUGGGCCGAAGUUGGCUCAAGGAUAUCAGCAGUAGAGCAACUUCAGCUACCUGAAAAGAACUGUUACAGACUUCUUCAAGCUAUGAAGCACUUUAUGUAGAUGACCUGUCUUGGUGCAGUGAAAUACAUUGCGCUCGAAUUUUCACUCCUAUUCAACAAAAAAGCUACGGAAAUUGAUUCCAACAGGAUCCUGUGCAAUAUUGAGAUUAACAGUACAGCAGAACGCUGAGGAGCUCAUUUGACUUGUAUCAGCAUUGUCCACAAAGAGUGACCAUUUAGUUCUGCAAAGCAAGAGCCUCUGGGUACAGCGCAGCAGCCAGACACCUCCAGAGGGGGUGGAGUGUAAGGCUCUGGGCUUACAAGAGACCUGAAUCCCUGCAUUUGUGCCCUCAAAUGAUCCUUGUUCUCCAACAUCUGUGGUCACUGGGUGGGGGGGAGUUUGUAGAGGAGUGAUCACUUGCUUUUACGAACUGGAUACAUUGUAACAUCUGGGUGGGCAAAUGCAUGAAAGGCUGGUGCUUUCAAUGUGGUACUGAGGAUAUGCACAAGAGAGGUGUCUUGCGGUACAUUUCAGCUGCCCUCAUUUGUGUCCGACCCAGAGGAAAAGCAACUGGACGUCCUGCGGCGCAGAAGAGAAACGGCCCACUUGGAAGGACCUGUGGAAAGGCAGAGUUUCUCGGGAGUGUCCAAAAAGAGCUUUUUUUUAAACCCUCAGUUUAAAACUACAAAACAUCUUGCCCUCUGUAGCACAUAUGUAUUUAAUUUAGUCGCAGCUGCUGUGCGGUCUUGGUGAGCCCUGACAUUAUGCUCAUGUUUCUGAUGGACCCUUAAAAGCCCUUACUGGGAAGCACUAGAAGGAGAAGGAUUGUGUUGAAAUGCACUUGGCUUUCUGGGGCACAGAGACUGUCGGAGGUGCAGCACUGGUGAUGGAGUUAUAACUUGAGUGUUACUGAGGUUUAUUGUCCAUCAGGUUCUUUGUGUAAUUUUACCUGGGAAAUACUGGUAAUUUUAAAGAAGAUGGGAGCUGCUAGAUUGUAAUGACUUAUGUUCCGAGGAAGAGCAAAAACGUUUUCCCUUUUCUCCUCUGUGGCUCCCAUCACAUGCAUCAUAUUAAAGGAUGGAAUGAGGGGGGCCAUACCCAUAUGGGCUGCCGUCAUCUGUAAAGGAAAGCAGACUUUUUAAAUACCUGUUCGUUGCAUUUCAGUGUUAAUUGUCCCAGUGGAUAGAGAAGAUUUCGACAACACUGCAGUCCUGGGCUCUGUCUGAGACCACCUGUAGCUCGACCCUAGUAGCUCUGGAUCACAUUCAGAAGCUUACUAUUAUUCUCAGAACCUGGCCAGCUGUUUCUAAAGACCAAGGUGUAGGUCAAUCAACCAAGUAAUUAAGUAAUCUGGUCCAUGGGGACUGGGACUGAAGUCCUUUUGUUUCCCAAAUUAUUUCUAAAUUCCUCCUUUUAAGAAACCAGCUGCUAAGUUUAUUGCAAUGAAAUUGUUCUAGGUGUUUGGAAAGUGCUGAUUUAGCCAUGGUCUAUGAAACCUGCUAGAUUUGAUGCUCCAUGGGACAGGACAUUCCCUCACUCUUAUUGGAGCUGGUCAGAAGAAAGCUUGGGAGUUGGGGGACAGUGUCCUUUGGGUGUUCUUCGUGAUCGAACCCUGUGUCCAAGUGAGAGAGGCCUGGGCAGCAGGAGAUCUCAAUGAGCACGAGCAGGGAGUGUCGGUACAGGUGUCUCUGAUUUGUGUCAGAUAACAAAAGGACAUCAGGAAGGGCAAAGGGAGAAGGUAUAAGCUCUAAACGUUCAAAAUGCCGGCUGUAUGUUACAUCAGAGCUCAUCAGAGGCUCGGAACACCUGGAAAUUCCAAAGGACUCAAAAAAGUGCAGUGUUACCAUAGAGACAGGCAUGGCAGUCCACUUUCCUUUACAACGAUGGCAGGCGUGGAGAAUUUAUACAACACAUGCUCUGGAAUGUAUAAAACGUCCUCCGAAAGCACUUAGCGCCAUCUUUAAGAGACACAAACCAGUGGUUAAACCAUGAGGUGGUAAGCUAAUGAACAGCAAGGCAGGCCCUGCAGUCAGGCACCUUUGUAAGGAACCAAGCUUGCCUGAUUGGAAUAAGCGUCAGUUUAGAUGCAUGCUGUUCCCUCGGGACAAACACCCUGUUCUUUCUAAAUUUAGCGAAGUGUGGGUUACAAUUACUGCCUCCAGCAGGGUUUUUGCUUGCAAUUGGAGACGGUGAUGACAUCGCAGCCUGUUGGAGUUUCAGUGUGGAUUCCUGCCUGUGUCACAAUGACCCACUUUUUGUUCCCCGCUGGUAUUGUAUUACAGCCUUUGCCAAAAAGCAAAUCCUGGAACACGUGCUCUUUUCACAGCUCUACAAUACCCUGAUGUCACCCUCCCCGGCCAGGUGAUGUCAUUCCCUUCUAAAUACAACACUCAAGGUUUUUUUUUCUUCACAGGAGGGGGCAAAUAUUAAUAUUUUUUUCGAUUCUCUUUGUGAUCAAAACGCAAAAACCCCCUCGCGGUAUUCAUCCCUGAUCCGCAGGUGGAUUUGGAGUGUGCUUUACAAUUUGCAAAUGAGAUCAAAAUGCUCCGAGCAGACUGUGGACUGUUUUUGUAGUGCGAGUAGUCGUGAAAAGGUGAUCAAGACCUUUGCUGUCACUGCUUUUCGGAGGAGGAAGAGUUUCGGAGGACAAACUUUGAGCUGGCACAUGGGCAAGAUUGUAAGAUUCUCCUACAAACGCUACACUGAAGUAGACCCCCAAAGAGUGGGUCCGGAACUAGCAGGUGCUCAGAACUAAAAGCCUAGCACUGCGUUAAGAGACACUGCACUUUUAGACGCACGUAGUUCCUGAUACUGUUGAGUCAAAUGUACUUCCUCCUGCUUGGACUGAACAGAGGAAGUUUACAGAUUUAACUUUCCGAACCCAUAUGCUAACACCAAGUUUCAGUAUUUGUAUUUUUUUGGGCAAUGAAGGAUUUUUGUUUGUUUGUGUCUGUAUUUAUGCGUGUAAGGUCUGUGUUCAUCAGGGACAUUGGAUAUAAGAGCAGGCAGCACCUGAACUCUGGAAUAAUUGAUUCCAUUAAGGAUGUGAAUAGUCGACCUUCUCUUUCAACAAAGCAUGUUAGAAUUAUUCGGAUUCUUUGGCGAGACCCUCCUUAAGUUCCUGUCCGAUGUCAAAUGUACAUUUGUGUUUUUAUAGAACCAUUGAACUUAAUUUAAGCACUUGUCUGAUUGUUUUAUCCAUGUAUUUAUUGAUGCUAAGGAUGUAAGAAAUUAAUAAAUGUAUUAGU